UGACGAGAGUGUUGUGUGUAGAAACUGAGAACAGGUUAGUCCAGUAUGACCGAGGAGGAGCAGGUGAGAUGAGCACACACCUUGUUAGUCUCAAUUCCACCCGGAGAAGCACACAGGUGUCAUCUCCUGCUCCCUGCUCGGCAUCCACGUCAAAAAGAGAAAUACUACAAAGUCACAAUGCCAGCUGACAGAAGCAGUCUUCCACCCUAUCAGCCAAACAGCAAAAAACAUCGACACCGACAUGGCGAGCGGACGUCCCAUCCCGUCUACUACCAUCCCGGAGACAAGAUGCUUCACUUCUACCGCUGGACUUCGCCGCCUGGCGUGAUGAAGAUAAUGAGCAUCAUCAUCAUCAUCAUGUGCGUGGCGGUCUUCGCCUGCGUGGCGUCCACACUGGCCUGGGACUACGACAUGAACAACUUGGGUCUCGGCGGCGGAGGCCUGGUCCCGGGCUUCGGCGGCGGGCAGUUUGGCGGCGGGCAGUUUGGAGGCGGGCAGUUUGGCGGCGGGCAGUUUGGCAGCUCCAUCGGCGGCGGCUUCGGAGGAGGCUCCGGCAGUUCCUUCAGCAAUUUCGGCGGCGGAGGAGUGCAGAUGGAUCCCAAAUCGGCCAAAGGUUUCAUCAUCGCCAUUUCCGCCAUCACCUUCAUCGCCGUGCUGGUCAUUUUCGUGCUGGUCGUGUCCAGGCAAAAGGCCGCUACCUCGUCCAAGUUCUACCUGGCGGCGAUCAUCAUCUCCGCCAUCUUGGCCUUUCUGAUGCUCAUCGCCACCAUCGUGUACUUGGUGGCGGUCAACCCGACAGCUCAGACCUCAGGCUCCAUUUACUACAACCAGAUCCGCCAGGUGUGCGCUCAGUACCAGAACCAGGCUCAGGCUCAGGGUAUCUUCCUCAACCAGUACCUCUACCACUACUGCGUGGUGGAACCUCCGGAGGCCAUCGCCAUUGUCCUCGGCUUCCUGGUGUUUGUGGCGCUGAUCAUUCUUCUGGUGUUCGCCGUGAAGACCCGCUCCAGCAUCAGACGCUGGGGCCGAGACCGCAUCCUGUGGGAAGAAGUCAAGGUGGUCAACGACGGUCUUCAUCACAGCGUCGGAGAGUGGGUGAGCCAAGUGGGGGGCGACCCGGAGAAGCUGCUGAACGACCGCAAUGAUCAAGUCGGGGCUCCGCAGGGCUACCGGGACCACAACAAGCCCAUCUACAUGCCGGGGACCUCGGACAUCUACGCAAUGUCCAGUCUGGAGGAUAAUGACAUUGUUGCCGAUUCAGGAGACAAUCUUGAGGAGAACUUUAGCAAGUCGUUUCCGGCCAUCAUGGACGAGGACGAUCGUCUGACCUACAAACAAGAGUUUGAUGGGGACCAUCAGGAGUACAAGAGAAUCCAGGUGGAGCUGGACAACAUCAAUCAACGUCUGGCUUUUCUGGAUGGAGAACUGGACCGACAUCCUGAGGGCAGUUCUCACUUCCUGGCGGCCAUGGACGAAUACACCGCGCUGAAGAACGUGAAGAAAUCUUCGGACUACCAGGUGAACAAACGACAAAGCAGAUAUCUCAAGUCCAAACUGUCCCACAUCAAGAAGAUGAUCAGCGAUUACGACCACCGGCCUUGAACCUUCCUUGUUUGGCUCCGUCCAGCCACUUUUCUACUUGGGGGAGCAGUCCAGGUCUUUUUUCCCCCCUUUUGGGGCGGCAUAGCUCGGUUGGUAGAGUGGCCGUGCCAGCAACUUGAGGGUUGCAGGUUCGAUUCCCGCUUCCGCCAUCCUAGUCACUGCCGUUGUGUCCUUGGGCAAGACACUUUACCCACCUGCUCCCAGUGCCACCCACACUGGUUUAAAUGUAACUUAGACAUUGGGUUUCACUAUGUAAAGCGCUUUGAGUCACUAGAGAAAAGCGCUAUAUAAAUAUAAUUCACUUCACUUAAGCAAUAAGGUGUUGAAAAUGUACGAAAAAUAAAUUAUAUUUUAUGAUUUUGCUUCAAUUAAUUUCAACUUGGCCCUUUUCAUGUUUUGUACAUUUGCAAACAGUUUUUGGUUUACAUGUGAAUUUUAGUUUUUUUUUCUCCACUUUCUAAUAAAAUAUGUUAAAAAAAAGUCA